AUAGGGCAACAUCAUUACUUUGCUGUUUCGUGAUUUCUGAGUUUGAUGCAGGUGGCCUUUAAUUUGAUAGAUCUAGCAACGUUUCUUAGUGUUACUGUAUCCUUGGUAGAGCCAAGCAGGCUUGGUGGGACAUCAGCCUUCCUGCCUUUUUGGGUAGAGAGAUGGAGAAGAUCUCUUGCUCCUUGAGGUUUUAUUUGGUGUAUCCUGUAGGGAGGAGUUGCUGAUGGACAGUGUGUUUGUGCUUGGAAAGGGAGGUAGAGUUUCAGGCCAUUUUUGGAAUAUCAGGGAGACUGAAGUAAGACUCAGAUCAGGGAUUUUUGACAUUAAUGCCAGAUGUUUGUAUUCCUAGGUCAAUAGUACACAUUUAAUGUUUUUAAUUACGUACUGGGUCAUGACUGCCUUCCUGUGGAAUUAGAACAGAUGAUACAGAGUUUAUGAUGGGCUCUGUGCUUUUAUAAUGGCUGCAGGAGAACGGACCAUACCUGGCCCAGCGUACCUUUUGGCUUGUUACAAAGACCCGCUAUGGAGAAGUGGAGCUUAAUGACAAUUACUGUUUUACUAGCACUUACUGUACGCUGGACUGUAUCGCUCGGUUCUUAUUCAGGUGCAGGAAAACCACCUAUGUAUGGAGACUAUGAAGCUCAGAGACACUGGCAAGAAGUUACUUACAAUUUGCCCAUCAGGCAGUGGUACUUCAAUACAAGUGAUAACAACCUACUGUACUGGGGCCUUGAUUAUCCACCUCUUACUGCCUAUCACAGCUUUCUGUGUGCUUACAUUGCAAAGUUAAUAAAUCCUGAUUGGAUUGCUCUGCACACAUCUCGGGGGUAUGAGAGUCAGCCACAUAAGUUAUUUAUGCGUACAACAGUGUUUGUUGCUGAUUUGCUGGUUUAUAUUCCUGCAGUUAUUUUAUAUUGUUUUUCCUUGAAAGAAACAUCUACUAAAAAGAAGGUUUCCAGUGCUCUCUGCAUCCUGCUUUAUCCAGGCCUCAUUCUUAUUGACCACGGACACUUCCAAUACAACUCAGUGAGCCUGGGCUUUGCCUUGUGGGGCGUUCUCUGUUUGUCUUAUGACUGGGACCUUUUGGGGUCAGUGGCAUUUUGCUUGGCCUUAAAUUAUAAGCAAAUGGAACUCUACCAUUCUCUGCCCUUUUUCUGCUAUUUACUUGGAAAAUGCUUCAAGAAGGGACUGAAAGGAAAGGGAUUAAUAUUGUUAAUUAAAAUAGCAGGGACAGUGGUGGUUUCCUUUGCUGUCUGCUGGCUCCCGUUCUGUACCGACAUGGCACAAAUCAUGCAAGUACUCAGAAGACUCUUUCCCAUUGACCGAGGCUUGUUUGAGGAUAAAGUAGCCAAUAUUUGGUGCAGUCUAAGUGUCCUUAUAAAGAUAAAGAAUAUAGUAUCACCUCAAACUCAACUAAAGCUCAGUUUUGCUGUGACAUUCCUGAGCCUCCUUCCUACUUGUAUAAAACUGACCAUUCAGCCUUCUCUGCGAGGCUUUAAAUUUGCUUUGGUUAGUUGUGCAUUGUCAUUUUUCCUGUUCUCCUUUCAAGUUCAUGAAAAAUCUAUUCUUCUAGUGUCAGUCCCAGUCUGCUUAAUCAUCAAUGAAAUCCCUUUUAUGGCUACGUGGUUUUUACUUGUUUCAACUUUCAGCAUGUUGCCCCUUCUGCUGAAGGACGGGCUGCUGCUGCCCUACGCUGUGACCACGCUGGCCUUCCUCUCCGUCUGCCUGGCUUCCUUCUCCAUAUUUGAGAAGACUUCAGCAGAGGACCUGCAGCUGAAACCCUUCUCCCUUUCCCUCAAGGGCUACGUUUCUUGGUUUAAGUCUUUUCCCAAGAUUGUCAGGAGUCUGUUUCUUCUUUCCAUAACCCUGAUGGGCCUCCUGUCUCUGGCCAGCGCCGCCGUGUCCCCUCCGCAGCGGUUACCCGACCUAUUCCCCGUAUCCGUCUCCCUUGUCUCUUGUUUACACUUUUUAUUAUUUUGGGUGUAUUUUAACAUUGUUAUACUCUGGGACUCAAAGAAUAGUAGAAGUCAGAAGAAAAUCAGUUAAUCAAGGACUAAACUGUGAAAGGAUGGAGUAUUUUGAGUGAGCGGUGUCUGGCGUUGGAGGUAGAGCUGUUUGUGAUGUCAUACAAUUCCUGUAACCUCAUGAAAAUCAGGAAAAUGCAUUAUUUGUAUUUAAACACAAACCAAUCAGACUGUUUCAAAGGAGGAGAAUUUUGAAGAGCUCUUGGAAAUGUGAUUUGGUGUGUUUUCUUCAGAAGUGUAAUACUUUUGUUACCAUUUGUAAACUUAUCUAUACCUAAUAAAGGACCAAAUUUUGAAUUAA